AGUCUCUUACUACCACUAAAAUAAGAAGACGACGUUCAAAAACUAUUCAUUUAUCCUUUUUGAGUUUCUGUGAACAAAAAAAAAAAAAAAAAAGACUUUUUUGAGUUUCAAUCUACUGAGAAGGUAUGAAGCAAUCGUCAUGGGGUUGCACAAUCUUCAUCCAAUUAUCUCUAUGUCUCAUCGUCUAUGUGUCUCUGCAUUUGGGUCACCCUUUCUUCUUCUCUAGUAACGACGACGGUGACAAUGCCACACCUCUAGAUCUUCAUUUCAUUUCCGUCUCCGGAGGUUUCAGGCCUCUUCACCACCAAACUCGCCUUCUCCGAUUGAUGGAGAAAGUUGCAGAAACUUACAAGGCAAAAUUUGUGCUGAGCUCAAGUGAACAUGGAGAACAAGAUUCACUCCUGCAAAAUGCGACUCGGCUGUCUUCUUCACUGAAACUUCCAUGGUACACUAGAAGGAAAGGAUUUGGAUAUUUCAGAGAGCACAUCAAAAUGCCUUUUGGUGGAUCCUUGGAUGUUGUUUUCGUAGACACUGGCUCACUGCAGCAGGAAGUGCUUGGUGGAGCAUUGAAUGGCUCUAUGAUCAGUCAAUUGAAAGGGUUGGCAAGGAUUCUGAAAGCAGUAGAUGGAGACUGGCGUAUUGUGGUUGGAUCAGACCCGUUACUCGCCAAUACUCUAACUAAGGAACCAGAGGAAUCUAAGAGAGUUGCAAGGACAUUUCAUCAAAUCUUGACCAAAUAUGGAGUGAACUUAUAUAUAAGCAAAAAAGGCUGCACCAGCGGAGGCAACAAUGAGGGCUUCUCUUGCAUUAUGGUCCCUAAUCAACCAGAGAACCAAGGUCCAACGAAUGAUAGUAUGAGAGAAAGGGAAGAUGGGUUUCUUCUUCACAGAGUUAGCUUCUCAGAAUUUGUUACUUAUACUAUCAACUCAUCAGGAAAAGUCAUUGACACAAAAUUAGUUAAGCAGAAAGGCAAAGAGACCAUCUAAGGUUUCAUUACUUUUUUUGCUCCACACUGUUUAUUUACUCCAUUGUUGUUGAAGCGCACAAACAUUUUGUAUUCUUCGGUUAAUGUCAGAAAUACCCUUUGACCGGUACGAGUCUGAGUUGAAUCGUCAGAGGGUAAAACUGGAAAUUGGGUACUAUAAACUUCCCCCAAAAAAAGGAGUGACCUUUAGGGUUUUGUUUUGGA